CCUCGUGGAGAAGAAGCCAUGCUCAUGGAACUCUACCCGCGUCUGCGAGUGCCGGACUGGCAUGUUCUGUGGCACAUCAGUCGUCAACUCCUGUGCCCGCUGCCUCCCUCACUCUGUCUGCCCAACGGGGAUGGUUGUCAAGUUCCAGGGCACAGCGCAAAGGAACACUGUCUGUGAGCUGCCUUCCCCAGGGGCCAGCCCCAACUGCAGCGCCAGCCCACAGGACUGCAAGGCCCCUGCCAGCAGCACCAUCCCCCAGGCCAAGCCCACCCUGACCUCUCCAGCAAGCUCUGAUGCCAGGACCACACUUCUCGGAGGGGGCGCCCCCCUCGCCCCAGAAGAUGCUUCUAAAAUCACUGCCCACUCUAGCUCCUCCGUGGGGAGGCUCAGUCCAGAUCCAGGGCUGACCCUGCAACAGCCAUGCCCUCAGGGGUCUGCCGACUGUAGGAAGCAGUGUGACCCUGACUACUACCUGGACAGGGACGGUCGCUGCACGGCCUGUGUGAGCUGUUCAGGAGACCACCUCGUGGAGAAGACACCUUGCAUGUGGAACUCCUCCCGCGUCUGCGAGUGUCGACCUGGCAUGUUCUGUGCCACAUCGGCCUCCAACUCCUGUGCCCGCUGCGUCAUCCGCCCCAUCUGCCCACCAGGGAUGGUCACCAAGCUCCAGGGUACGGCUGAGAGGGACACCACCUAUGAGCCACCUCCCCUGGGGACCCACUCUAACUGCAGCACCAACGCAGAGGACAGCGGGGUGCCCGCCAGGGGAUGCCCAGGGGGCAGCCGGCUGGGAGUGGAAGCCUCCUUUUCCAUCUUGACUGUCCUUCUUACUUCUGGCCUCUCUCCCCGCAGCCCCACCCCCUCCCUGAUCUCCCUGGCCGACUCCCUGACUGGUAAGGAGCGUGGAGGGGACGUCACCCACGUGCGGGGACGCGCCUCUCUCUCAACCAGCACUCCUAUAUCCUUCUCCUCCACAGGGAAGCCCACUCUGGUUUCAGGACCUGUGCUCUUCUGGGUGAUCUUGACACUGGUGGUGGUCGUCAGCUUUGGCUCCUUUCUCCUGUGCCACCGGAGGGGCUGCAGGAAGUGGAUGGGGCAGAAGCUCCACCUGUGCUACCCAGUCCAGACCUUCCAGCCCAAGCUGGAGCCUGUGGAUUCCAGGCCCGGGAGGAACCCGACACUGAUCGGGAGGGUAUCGGUGGCAGAGCCGGGCCUUGAGGAGCAGGGGUUAACGAGCCCCCCAGCUGUGGAGACCUGCCCCAACCUGGAGAGCCUGCAGCUGCUGGAGGCCAGCCCAGCCAGCAGCCCCUCCACCUCCAUGGACCUUCCUGAGCCCCGAGGGACCGCGGAGCACACCAACAACAGGAUUGAGAACAUCUACAUCAUGAAGGCCGACACUGUGAUUGUGGGGACCGUGAAGGCCAAGGUGCCUGAGGGCCAGGGCCUGGUGGGGCCGGCAGGGUCCGAGUUCGAGGAGGAUCUGGAGGUGGACCAUGCCCCCCACUACCCAGAGCAGGAGACGGAACCACUGGCGGGCAGCUGUGGGGACGUCAUGUUCUCGGUGGAGGAGGAAGGGAAGGAGGACCCCUUGCCCACGACCGCCUCUGGGAAAUGAGGCCUGGCCUGGGCUGGGGCUGAGAGGGCAGCUGGGUGCCUCUGGGAGGCCACGGUGACCCUGGUGGCACCAAGCUGGUAGCACCCACCUGGUGGCAGAGGCCCAUCUGGCCUGAGGUGAGGUUCCAGCAUCCAGCGGUAGACCCAGCCUAUCAACGCAGGAGGCUCUGCUCGUCUGUACCUGCCUCCCCACCCAGCUGCCCCCCAACCCAGACCCUGGGGAGCCCAGGCCUGUGCGGCAGAGACGACCAAGGGGCUAGAUCUGAACAGCGCUGUGUGUUGGGGCAACAGGCAGCCAGCAGGGCCUGGGCACCCUGCAUUCUGCUGCUGCCAGCCCUCCCCUGUUCUGUAGCCCCCACAGUGGGCCCAGGGCCCAGCGCACAUCACUGUUCCCGCAGCAGGAGGCAUCUCGGGACCCAGAGACCUGCAGAUUCUUUGCAGCCGUGGUGCCCCUGCCUGGCCGGAGACCCGCCCACCCAGCUGCUGCCUGGAGAAGGGCCUGCUCUGCUUCGCCCAGGGGGGCUCCCUCCCUGCGUGGACAAGGGGGACUGUGGACCCUUCUUGGGUCCUUACCCGCUCUGUGGGCACCUGUGCUCUGUCCCGGGCCACCAAAGAUGCGUCUUCCCCAGAUCUGCCACGUGCACAGAUCCUGGUGGUACCAGGCCCUGCCUUUGGCUCUAGCUGCUCAGCACCCAUGAUGGGGGUGUGGGUGUCAGAAGACUACUUGGUUUCACUGACAUUCUGCCGGAAAAGAAAGAGCGUUUCAGUUCAGUCUGGACUUUAGGAUUUUUACGUUUCACACAAAGGAGUCAAGUGCCCUGACCUGGGGCUUCUUCCUGCUCUCCCCAGGGCUCUCAGACUCAUGGCAACAAACAAGUGGUCUUGGGAAGGGAGUGUGGGCAGAUGAGGCCCGGGGCACUGAGUCGCAGGCAGCCUGGAGACUGCUGGAAUUACCCGUUGGAAGCCGGCCCCGGGAAGGCCGCUGUUUACUCACCAGCCUGCUCGGUCUCUGGAGGAAGUUGAGGCUGGCUCCGGCUUCACCAGGGUAGUUUCUGAAACCGCUCAGAUGUUUUGGGGAAAGUUGGAGAGAGGCUGGAUGCUGUGAGAGACCGUUUACACCAGAACCUGAAGUUUACGUGGGCCGGACAAUGGCCAAAACCCCCCGUGCCCGGACAGUGUGAGGACUCUGCUCCCUCCUGCCACUACCCCCCACCCCCCAAGGGCUCCCUCACCCAAUGGCCAAAACUUUGGUCCUUUAAAAAUUCAUAAGUUCCCUUAAAAACCAAUCAUAAGGCUCAGGAAAUUCUCCCUGAGAUUUGAGUACCUCUGAGCAGAAGGGUCCGAGCCAUCUCUCUCCCCACAGGACAACGGCUCCUGCUUUACCUCUCUGCCCCAGACACCUAGGUUGCCAGCGUCUGGGGACAGGGAGACCCCUACCUGCUGGGACAGCCCUUCCCACUGCUGGAGGUUCUUCCCUGCGGAUGGAGGCAGACCCUGUCCCUGUGGAACUCCCACUCCCUGGUCGGUCCAAGGCCCGGCCUUUGGGGCUACUCAGAAUAAAGCACUCUCGUCCUCAGGCUCCCUUGGGUUAUUGGCAGGAGGCACCCCUGGUCUCCCCACAGCCUUCUUCCCUCCGGGCUGGGCCCAGCAGCCCCACAGCUGGGGAAAAGGGAGUCACA